UGUAAAUAACAUGCAACAGAAAAGAGGCCAAAAAGUUUUCUCAUUUACCGUACAUUCUCUCGCCGUUAUGCCCCAGUUUCCAGUCAGUACCGUUUCUAAUCACCAAGGAUUAAGCGUAGCGGCUGUUAAAAACAUCGAAAAUGUUGAAUAUAUUGGACCUAGGCUUCCUAAGCUUAGCUUUUACGGUUUCCUGUACAGGCUUCCUUAUUAAUCAUUAUGAAAAACACGUACCGGCAUUUAUUAUUAAAGGGUUUAAGUAUGGUGCUUUUGCCUAUCAAGGAUCUGGGGCAAAUUAUGUGCAAUUAAUAGAAAUACCAAAAGCACUGUAUAGACAUUUCUAUGCCUUUUCCUCUAUAUUUAGUGUUGUAACAUUGUUUUACGCAGUGAUAGUGUAUAACUUUGAACACAGUGUUAGUAAAUAUGUUGUGUUUAUGCUAAAAUUAAUAUUGGAACAAGAUGAACCUGCAGUAUCAGCCUCUGCAGCGAUAAUAGCAUUGAGUUUGCUUACCAUCCAGUGUUUCCGACGUUGCUAUGAAACAUACUGCCUGCAAGUGUUUGCUAAGAACAGCAAGAUGAACCUCAGUCACUAUGUUGCUGGGCUAGUUCAUUAUUUUGCUGUUAUUGUAGCUGCUAUAGGACAAGCUCCGUUGUUUUGUGGCAGCCAAGAUAGAGACAAAAUUCUCUGGAAUGAUACUAGAACGCAACUAUUUGCCGUACCAUGCAUUUCUAUAUUUUUGUGGGCAUUUUACGAACAGUACAAAACAAAUAUCAUAUUCGCUAAUUUAAGAAAAGAUAAAUCAGGAAAAGUUGUUACGGAAUCACACAAAAUACCAUAUGGGAGAUUAUUUGAGAUUGUAUCCAGUCCACACAGAUUGUGCGAGAUUAUUAUGUAUACAGUGUUGUUGUUAUUAAUCCCGACGAAGACCUUCUUCUGUAUAUACUUAUGGGUGCUUUGUAAUCAGAUUCAAACAGCAAUCCAAGCACAUGUUUGGUAUAAAAAUACUUUUAAGGAAUACCCAGUGCAAAGGUAUGCAGUUUUUCCUGGAGUGCUGUGAAGUACCUUUUAUUUGGACGUAGAUUAGAAAUAAUAUUUUAUUUCGAUGUUAAGACUGCUCUCAAUAUUGAUGUUAUUUUAAAGACUGUUUUAUUAUGUAACAAUUUGUUAACAUUUAAAACAGAAAAGAUUUUCAGAUUAAAAAAAAUUUACUUAUUACACCGUAGUGUCAUUAAGAAAAAUUUUGUCCUAAAGUAUGUAGGAUGGUUUGAUUUAGGUAUGUAAUUUAAAAUUAUAUUAAUAAUUUAUGAUAAUAAUAACACUUGAAUUGAGGCUAUUUAACUUAGAUUUUUUUUUCUAUGACAUGACAUGUAAUAAUAUUUAUUCAGAAAUUAAAGAGAUUUGUUCUUACAUCAGUACUUUUAUAUUAAAAACAAAACAAAUACGGAUUAUUACCACAGAUGUAAUAUGUAAUCAUAACAGGGUUAUAAAAUAUUAAGAAUAAAUGAUAUUCUGUUAA